AAAGCAGCGGUCAUCGGGCAAGUUUGGCCUCCCUAGCCUAAAAGUCAACAAGUGUAUGCAAACCAAAUGUAAAGUGAAAGCAAGAGAAAGCUGCUGCAAGCCAAGUGGAAUUAUGCAAUUUUGAGCCAACUCUCGGCUGCUGCUGCUGCUGCUGCUGCAUCUGGAGCUGCUAGUGAUAAUGAUGGUUGUGGUGCUGAAGAAUCCCUAACAGCUCCGUACACACAUUAGCGGACCUCAGCUGUUGCUGCUGCUGCUCCCCCUGCUGCUGAUACGGUUAAUGGUGAUGCUGCUAGUGGUGGUGGUGGUGGUGCUGCUGCUGCUCGUGCUGCUACCACCACCACCACCUCUUGCCCUGUACUGCGCUCAUAGCUCCAACCCCGUCCUCCCCCCCCCCCCUGCUGCUGCAAAUGGUGCUGCUGAUCUUGGUGCUCCUGCUGCUGCUGCUGAUGUUGGUGCUCCUUCUGCUGCUGUUGAUGGUGGUGGUGCACCUUAACAGGGGGCAGGCAGCUACAGCACCUGGCCACCACACAGCAGCAGCAGCGCGUGGGCCAGUACCCUCAACCCUUCCGCCACCAGUGGUACCACCAAUACCAGCUCUAACCCUGCCGACUACGCUCAUUGCUCCAACCCCGUCCCCCCCCACGCCCCUUGCUGCUGCUAAUGGUGAUGCUGAUCUUGGUGCUCCUGCUCCUGCUGCUCCUGUUGCUGCUGCUCGUGCUGCUGAUGUUGGUGCUCCUGCGGCUGCUCUUGAUGAUGGUGGUGCACCUUAACAGGGGGCGGGCAGCUACAGCACCGGGCCACCACACAGCAGCAGCAGCACGUGGAGCAGUACCCUCCACCCUUCCGCCACCAGUGGUGCCACCGAUACAUCCUCCUGCUCUUGCACUGGGGCCUCUGCUCUCCCCCUUGCUGCCCCCCUUGCCCCACCCCCUGCUCCCCCCGCUGCCCCACUUGCUCCCCUUGUCUCCUCCCUCCCCCCUGCUGCUGCUGCUGCUCCUCCUCCUCCUGCUGCCUCUCAGCUUCGAGGAAAGCCUCCAGAGCAGCUGAGGUCUCCGCUGCUGCUUUAAACUCUCCUAAAACUAGCCGGGCUAUACACAGCACUGCCGCCAGUGCAGCUCCAAUCAGCAUUGCAAAUACAAGCCUCCACCCCAAAUCCCCUGCUCCCUUCCCCCCACCCCCUCCUCCCCCUCCGAUCUCUGCCACUAUCCCCGUUAAGAACGGACCCAGUGCCGCGCCUAGCGACCCCGUCCCAUCAAUAAUCGCAGUUACUGUAGCGAGUCCCUUGGAAUUCCCCCUUAAAGAAGCAUGCUGCCCUAGAUCAGCCGAGACUGCACAAGUGAUGAGCGCGUACGGCCCGUUCACGAAGAAACCAACCAAGGAGAGAAGAGCGAUAUGCACCGAAAGCGAGAUCCCGCCAAGGAGGGAGUAGAGGAGGAGGGCCGGGACGGCUAGGAGCAUGAAGGUGGCCGAGACGGUGGCGUGCGCACCUGUGUGGUCGGAGAGGUGACCCGCCACUAUACCCCCCAGCACCCCCCCUAGGUCGAAGACUGUCGAUGUCACGCCUGCGAAUGCAUCCGUGAGAUGAUGGCCGGCGAUUUCUGGUCGAAGACUGUCGAUGUCACGCCUGCGAACGCGUCGGUCAAAUGGUGCCCGGAGAUUUCUGGUCACGAAAAGAGCGAAGGUAACAAGGGUAUGGAAGGAAACUUUUUUAAAGGCGCCUUAUAGCAAAGGUAAGGAGGGUACGGAUGGAAACAGAGGAAGAAUGGAGGAGGGGAGUGAGAAGGAGGGGAGCAGGAAGGUGGCGGAGAGGGUGGCCUGCGCGCCUGAAUGGUCAGAGAAACGGCUUGCCAGGAAAACAGGAAUGUGGGCUUAGACGAUAGAAGAAGAUAGAAGGAGACUGGUAGCAGUAGGAUGACAGUUCAUACUGAUUUUGAGGCGGCCCAAAAGGGGCGGUAGUUACGGCUCACGAUGGCAAGGAUACGGGCUAAGAAGGAGACUGGUGGCCGUAGGGGUCAGUUCAAAUGGUACCGGUGUGAGUUCAUAUGGUGCCCGUGUCAAUCAUAUGGUGGCGGUGUCAGUCCACGCGGCGGUGUCAGUCCACGAGGCGGUGUCAGUCCACGUGGCGGUGUCAGUACACACAACAGUUUAAGAGUGAUUGAUGCAAUGCGAGAGUGAUAGGUUGUGAUGGGGAAAGAAGAGAAAACGAAUGCCCAUAUGAACUCCCACGCCGCUGCACUUGGGAGCAAGGGGGGACUUUCGCCCUUGCGCUCUUAAGAAACUGAUAGCUCAUCC